CUUUGAACUUAAGAAAAAAGUUUCUUUCUUGUUUUUAUGGAUUCUUAAGUUAUGUGGGAUUGUAUCAUAUUGUUCUGUUUUUCGAGAAACUAAAACUAUGGAGACGACGAAGAUUGCUUCUUCAUUCGAUCGUGCCGGUGAGCUUAAAGCUUUCGAUGAAACGAAAACGGGUGUGAAAGGACUCGUUGACGCAGGAGUUUCACAAAUUCCGCGCAUCUUUCAUCAUCCAUCUGUCAAAUUAUCAAACCAUAAACCACUUUCCUCAGACUUGGUACAUCUCAAGACGAUCCCAACGAUUGAUCUAGGAGGAAGGAUCGUUGAGGACACGAGCAAGCGCAAGAACGCGAUUGAAGGGAUUAAAGAAGCAGCAGAGAAGUGGGGUUUCUUCCAGGUGAUCAACCAUGGAGUUUCGCUUGAUCUUCUUGAGAAGAUGAAAGAUGGAGUUCGUGACUUUCACGAGCAAUCCCCUGAAGUGAGGAAAGAAUUCUAUAGUCGCGAUUUCAGCAGAAGGUUUCUGUAUUCAAGUAAUUUCGAUCUCUUCAGUUCUCCAGCUGCAAAUUGGAGAGACACUUUCUCUUGUACUAUGGCUCCAGAUACUCCAAAACCACAGGAUCUUCCGGAGAUUUGUAGGGAUGUUAUGAUGGAAUACUCAAAGCAAGUGAUGAUUUUGGGUAAAUUUCUCUUUGAGCUUUUAUCAGAAGCUCUAGGGUUGGAACCUAAUCACCUCAAUAACAUAGAUUGCUCCAAGGGUUUGCUCAUGCUCUCCCAUUACUACCCACCGUGUCCAGAGCCUGACCUAACUUUUGGCACAAGUCAGCACUCUGACAACUCUUUCCUUACCGUCCUUCUCCCCGAUCAGAUCGAAGGGCUUCAGGUUCGUCGCGAAGGGUACUGGUUCGAUGUUCCUCAUGUUCCCGGCGCUCUCAUCAUCAACAUUGGAGAUCUUUUACAGCUUAUAACAAACGACAAAUUCAUUAGUUUGGAGCAUAGAGUAUUGGCGAACAGAGCAACAAGAGCUCGAGUGUCCGUCGCAUGUUUCUUUACCACCGGAGUAAGACCGAAUCCUAGAGUGUACGGACCGAUUAGAGAGCUUGUGUCUGAAGAAAACCUUCCAAAGUACAGAGAGACCACCAUUAGAGAGUACGCUACUUACUACAAUGCCAAAGGACUUGACGGGACCUCUGCUUUGCUCCAUUUUAAAAUAUGAAACAUGGUGAGCUACUACUGUCUCACCUAUAUACGACAUGACUAUAUGUAAUAAUGCAUUUGCAGAUUAAUAUUACUUCAGAAAAAGAUCAAAAGAGUGAAUGGUGAAAAGAAUUCUCAAGAGGUUCAUAAAACAUCACUGUUGAUACUUUAUUCUUUAAUAAGUAUCUUUAAAGCUC